GAGUGCACUUGUUCUUCCCGAGGCAUCCUCACUGCCUCUCCUUUUUUAGUGGAACUUGUUGUAAGACAUUUAUUCCCCUCAAUUCCUCUCUUUGCCUUUCGGCCCUGGAAAUAAACAAAGUUGUGUUGUGCACUACUGCCGCUUGGUUUCAACACCGGGACGUGUCUUUGUGUCAAACCGGUGAGCCGCGGGCGAGUAAAAGAUCUCCUGUGACCGAAACGGACACGACUCCUUUAGUCAAACAGUCAUGUCUCUUGAGAGAGCGUUUCUCCUCCAGCCUCCCAUGGCCUCCCCGCCGGCAUCCUCAGUCCAGGCAUGACCGUCACCCCUAAAAAACACAUAAUUCAGCCUGGUUCCUCCUCUUUCAAAAACACAAGUCCCAGAUCCAGUCCCAUGCAGAUGGAUGAGGUCGAAGGCCUCCGGGUGAAGCUCAUCUCUGAGGACUCUGUGUCGCUGGCUUCCUCUUUGGCUGAGCCCAUCAACCUAGAAGAUUCCCAUUAUGCUCUGCUGCGAGGAGAGCUGGAGUCCGACCACCAGAACCUGGAGGCGGAGUCGUGGGGCGUGGCUGUGGACCAGAACUACCUGAGGGCCCUGACCAAAGAGGAGGUUAAGAGACAGGAAGUCAUCUAUGAGUUGAUCCAGACGGAGAAGCACCAUGUACGCACCUUAAAAAUCCUUCUCCAUGUCUACAUGCACCAGUUGAAGAAGUCUUCGCUGAUAGAGGAGGCCAGGCUUGAGAGGUUCUUCCCUGGGGUGGAAGACAUGCUCACGCUCCAUCAGCACUUCCUUGACUGCCUCAAAGUGCGCAAACACCAAAGUCAGGAGGAAGAAAACCCAAACAACUACCAGAUCACACAGCUGGGAGAUAUUCUCAUCGCUCAGUUUUCAGGUCCACUUGGAGACAGAAUGAUGGGGUAUUACAGUCAGUUCUGCGGUAAUCACAUUGAAGCCAUCAGUCUCUACAAAGAGCAGCUGCAGAGUAACAAGAAAUUGCAGCUCCUUAUUAGGAAAAUAGGGCAGCUUCCCCUUGUGCGACGGUUGGGAAUCCCCGAGUGUUUUCUGUUGGUGACUCAACGCAUCACCAAAUAUCCCGUCCUGGUUGAGCGAAUCAUCGAGAACACUGAAGCGGACACAGACGAGUACAAGUCUCUGGUGCAGGGCUUGGCGCUGAUCAAAGACACCAUCUCGCAGGUGAACGAACAGGUCAGGGAACACGAGAGAGCCACUCGUCAGAGAGAGAUCGCCCUUCGCCUGGAGCCCAAAUCUCAGGGCCGGCUGAAGGACGGCCGGCUGCUCCGCAGGGAGGAUCUGAUCCAUGGAAACAGGACCCUGAUACAUGAAGGCACCUUCACCUGGAAGUCCUCCGGGAGACAAAAAGAAAUUCAUGCUGUGCUGCUGUCAGACGUGCUCCUCCUCUUACAAGAGAAAGAUCAGAAGCUUGUGUUUGCUGCUGUGGAUAACAAACCCCCAGUGAUCGCCCUUGAGAACCUAAUAGUUCGGGAGGUGGCUCAUGAUGACAAAGCCAUGUACCUUAUCUCUGAAUGCACCACUAGCACGCCGGAGAUGUACGAGAUCCACACGCGCUCCAGGGAGGAAUGCAUCACAUGGACGGUGCUGAUACGAGAAGCUGUGAACUGCUACCCAGAAGAGGAGCUGUACCUUAAACUGACCGCUACACUGCAACAAUUUCAAGAUAAUCUAAAGAUGAGGGAUGAGCUGAUAAUGCAAUGUCUGACGGAGAAGCAGCAGCUCUUUGCUGCUCUCUACGAGACUAUCACGGAGCAGGAAACGCCCCACAAAGGGCUGCUGCUCCGAGGUGACGCCACUGACCUCCAGCAGGGGACCACUCUGCUCAAAGGAGCCAUCAAUGAGGUGGAAAACCUGCAGAACCUGCUCUUCACAAGGAUAAGAGACCCAAACCUUCUUAUGGAAGUGAAUGAGGCGCAGGAGGGGCCGCUCUGGAAGGCCGAGACCUUUGGAGUGGCUGAUACUAACCCUGAUGAAAACGACGAUGAUGCAGCUCUCACCACCAGUGACCCUCAGCUCCAGGAAAGUCACAGCUCUGCGAGCCUGGAACAGUCUGUGAGUGAGACGGAUGAUGAUGACUACACACAGACACCAAACUGCAAGUUCACCUCCAGUAAUUUUUCUGAGGCAGAGGUGUGUGACAAGGUGAUACUGCUCGCACAGAGGCUGUACAGCUUAGAAGCAAUAAUCGCCCAGCAGGACAGCCAGAUUGAGCUGCAGCACGCUUUUCAGACAAAGAGCAAGCAGCCCUCUCGUCACUACAGCAGUGUGCUGCUGGAGCAGGAGAAGCAGCGCAACUCUGAGAAGCAGAAGGAGAAGCUCGCCAACAUGCACAAGCUGCAGGCGCAGCAUCAAGAGGAGCAGCAGCGCUGGGAGAAGGAGAAGGAGCAGCAGAGGAUGCAGAUCGAGAGUCUAGAGGCUCGGCUGCAACAGAGGGAGGUGGACUGUCGAGAGUGGGAGGAGAAGCUCAAUGAAGAGAAGUUUGAGCUGGAGAGCCUGAAGGAAAGCUAUCAGGAGGACCUGGAGAGGCUGAGGGAGUCCACAAGAUCAGUGGACAAGGACAAGGAGCGUCUAUGUCAGGAGAGGGAACGCCUCGAACAGCUGCAGGAGAAAAUAAAGAAGAUUUAUCCGGGAAACUAUGAUGAUCCUGCACAAUUCUUGAGUCUCUCCAGUCACCAGUCGUUCAGGGGAAGCGUCGUGAACGGAGGUGGGACCUUAACCCGAAAGCUCCAACUGAUGGCCAAAAACUCCAACUCCGUGGAAAUUCCUCCAAAGGUUCCGCCGCGCAGGGAGAGCAUGAGCCCCCUGCAGGUCCACCUGAUCAGCUCCACCAACCUGCUGCACAAGUCUGCGUCCAUGCAGCAGCAGAUCCCCACCAAGCUGGCGGCUCUGUCCAAGGGGAAGGAGAAAGUCUCCAAGAAGAAAGGCUCCCACCAGAGAACGCACAGUGCAGCCUCUAUCGACGUUAACCAGAUGCUGCCCAUCCGAGUGACCGGGCUAGAAGGAGGCAGUCUGAGAGGCAAAAGUAACAGCAGGCCAGCAACCUACCUGUCAGGUGCCUUCAACUCACCAGCAUCUGGCCACAGUGGGAAGAUAUCUCAGUCCUUCAGCGCACACAAGAGGACCUACGAGGCUCCACCACGGCCGCCUCCUUUUCCUACUGAGGUUCUCGAUGCGGGCAAAGAGAAGGUAACAUUCCUUUAAUCAUGAACUACAGACUGGAGUUUGGAUGAGGACCUGUCCAUCAAAAAUACUUUUACAGUUGGAAAGACUGAUCGGUCUGUGGAAAGACAUUGGACAUGACUUCAUGACGUCCAUGUGUGUCCAGCAUGAAGAGGACAGUCACAGCUGUAUUUUAUCACUAUAAACCAGCUGUUAGCAUUCAGAUUAGCUGGACAGGAGAAAAAAAAGUAAAGAGAUACUGGUGGACAUGAUUUAUAAAUAUAUGUACAUUCGUCUUGGAAGUUUAAAAAAAUUAAAAGUAAAAAGCUCAAAAGAAAUGGACAUUGGGGAAGAUACUAUUAUAAAUGAAGACCCCUUUUUCCCGACAAUUUUUUGUAAUCCUUUUUUUAAUUUAAAUGGAAGUGGGUUGUCUUUUAGCAUUAUAACUAAUGUCUUAACUCUAAUGCAUAAUUUUUUAUUUAAUGAAUUGAUAACGACGGAGAAUGAGGUGCCAAGCACAAACAUUUUAUUUCAGACUAAAUCAUGAUCGUGGAUUGUGCUGUGGAGCUAGAGACUGAGACAGAAGGUUGUUUCAGUUCACACACAACUGUGGGAAGCGUUUAUUUCUGAGUGACAUUACCUGUUCAAUAAUGUUCCGGCUUUAUUCAACACGAUGUUGAUUGACCGCUGUCUCUUUUUGGUUCCAUUUCAAAUGUCAUCCAAGUCCCAACUAAUGGGUCAGGGAAUAAAAAAAUGGUCGACUUGA